UAUUUUAAUUUCGAAGACCUUAGCUUGCAAUUUGAAAUUUAAUUCGCCAAAUAUGUCAAUCUCCAAGCACCUAAUAAUUACUUCACUUUUUAUGUCCCUUCUCAUUUUCCAUCACCUCGUCGAAGCUAAUGCUCCAAAUCAUCAGAUAAGUAGUAACAAUGGUGGGGGAACAAGUCCCUUCGUGGCGAAACUGGAUUGUGGGAAGGCGUGCUUGGCCAGGUGCCGGUUGUCGUCGAGACCAAACCUGUGCAACAGGGCAUGUGGGACGUGCUGCGGACGUUGCAACUGCGUGCCGCCUGGAACUUCCGGUAACCAAGAGGUUUGCCCUUGCUAUUAUACCAUGACUACUCACGGCGGCAAGCGCAAGUGUCCCUGAGACCUAUAUAUGUAUCUACCCUACCGACCAAAUAUUAAUUAUAUAUGUAAUUUGGCCAAGGGUUCAUCACUUCAUCUUCACCUUUCUCUACAUCUGCAUGUUGUUUUUUCUUCUUCUUCUUCUAUGUAUGUUAUGCUGUUAUUAUAAGUAAAUUAUGCCUUAAGUUGAAGUACGAUUGAGUUGUAAUAAAAAGUGUGUCUGUCUUAUUAAUAAAAGAAAGGUUGCUAUCGGUAAAUCUAGGUUUUUUUCCUAA